AUGUCGCGACGACCGGCAUCCGACACUUUUACUCGCUUCACCUCAACAACUCCACAUGCUACGACCUUCACUUACCAACCUGCCUCCCGGCCAGGAGGGAGGAACGCACCCUCAUCCUCAUCUCCGUCGCCUUCAUCUUCACAACCCCCUUCUCCCCAGCAAACGCCGGAAGAAACCCCAAUGGAAAGAGUCGCCCGCCUCCGGGCCGCGCACGAGGCCGCAAAGACCUCCGCAGUUUCCUCCCCAAUCGACCGAUUAAUUGCCAGUGGUCGGGUCAUCGCCGACCGCGCCCACCGCCUCACCGCGUACGGCCUGAUACUCUUCUCGGGACUGGCGGUCUGCGUCACCGCGUACGGCACAAUCUCUCUCAUUGCCCAUUCAAGAAGACAAAAGCGCGCGUGGGUCGAGAGGGAAUUGAAUCGAUUGGACGAAGCCAGGCGGGCGUUCCUGAAGGGCGAGGCGAAUGCAGAGCAGUUGCAUCUACUUGAGCAGGAACGCGCGGGGCAGGAGAUUGAGGCCGCGAGGAUGAAAGAGGUGGAGAGAAAGAAGGAGGAAGGCUACUGGGGCAAGUUGAAGGGGUUUGUGGGUGGUCAGAUGGCAAAAGGCACCAUGGGAGAGGAGACGGCCGAGGAGAAGAGUCGGAGGGAAGCCAGGGCGGCCUGGAAACAGAGGGGACUUAAGCCAGGCGACGAUGGCUGGAUCGAUGGCGAAAUCCAACCUGUUCUUACGGCGGUUCCCGCCAUGGAAGCCGUUCGAGUUGCCCCGAGCGGCGUCAAGGGUGUGGGCAUCGAUUCAAAAGGACGCCCUGUACCCGCGAACAAGGUUGAGUACAUCACGAGAAAAGCAGAAGAUGAGCAUACAAGGGUCGAAAAGGACCUUGCCGCAAGACCGGCCGCUGUGGGAGGACCGCUGGACGUCAUGGCCAGCAACGUGGCGGGGGCUGUUGCAGGACCUUCGACGGAAGGAGGAAGAAGUUGGUUAAGUUGGAUCAGGGGAAGCGACACCAAAUCAUAG